AGACGAUGUAGGCUCAACUGCAAUUCACCGCCACGAUGAUGGCAACAUCAAGAACUUCUUUAACACAAUCGCUUUGUGUUUCAAGGCCUACUCUCUCCACAAAUCGACUUAUACAGCAACCGAAAAAGGACCUUCCUAGCCUUGCUCACCUCAUCAGAAUAAAUUCGACUGACUCACAGAUAUGCCCUCACCACCACGCCACUUCCAAGAUGUGUACAAUCCACAUCAUCAAAUGCCACGAUUGCAACACCAUUCAGUCAACAUGGUGCCAAUACUGCGCCUCUACUCCACCAAACCGCCUCUGCCAUCGGGGGCAAACGAGUCGCAUCACAACGUACCUCCUUCGAGGCCACUACGAUCUAUGUUUGACGAAGAUGGGGACAUACAAUUCCCUCCGCCCCGUCGAGACCACGUCAACGGCGGUCCACAGGGCUAUCAACAGGAAGAGUAUGUCCGGACCUUCUAGUAUGUUUCGCGUCGAGAGAUGCGUCAACAGUUUAAGCAUGAGAUUGAAACGGUUGACAUCUGACGCCAGAAGAUUCUACUCGGGUCUAGAACACGGUCUAUCGAACAGGGCCAAGACUCGAUGGCAGGUUAUGAAGCGGAAGAUGAGCAGAGAUCUAGAGCUUAUCUCACAGAAUCAAACACGUGGCUAGUGACUCUACACUAUUUCAUCGCCACUUACGUUUCUGAAGUGGCCUCGGGAUCCCUGCGAUGUGGCUCCGUGAUGUUGGUACCUAAUAUCAUUACCUUUCAGCCCCGGCCCUCGGCUCAGACUCUGUGGGCUGAGGCUGGGAUCACCACUCACCGUCAUAUUGCAGUGAAAUGU